AUGGCUUCGACGCUGCUCGGUAGCAUCGAUCACCGGCUGCCCAACGAGCUCACCCUCGCCGUCGUCCAACAGCUCGCCAACGACAACCGCACAUUAUGCAUCCUGGCGCAGACAUGCCGCGGCUUCCAGCAGCUCGCCGAGGAACACAUCUAUAAGACGAUCAAGCUGCGAUCUGUUCGAGACCUCCAGCGAAUCAUCUCCGCCUUCGUCGCCCGCCACGACCGCGUUCGCGCCGUACAGACACUCAAGAUCCUGUAUCGAUGGAGCGAGCAUCUCGAGGUUAGCUUAGAGAGGCGGAAAGCCUUCAACGAGUGCGUCGCACAGAUGGUCAGUCUACGCGAGUGGCACAUCGAGAGCCCGUACGACAACUUCAAGUGGGAAAAGGGCGGCCAUGAGUGGGUUGAGGGCGACAUGGCGCGCUUCAGGCAGGCGUUGGAGAAGGCUUGUGUUGAAGGGGCGCAAGAGAAGGAGCGUUUUGCACGUGACCAGCAAUUGUGUAGGAGCUUACAGCGUACCGUGGGGCUGGCGCAGCUGGAGUCACUCACGAUACACUCGCACGGCGCGCAUGCAGACUUCUGGCCACUGGACGGCUUCCACUGCCUCUUCCGCCACCCAAGCCUUCGAUACCUGCACGUGUCUUGCGUUACGUUUCCCGAGACGUUGGAGGUGCUGGAAUCGUGUAAGAGGACGACACCGCUGACGACGCUCAUCUUUGACGAAUGCAUUCUGGAGCCCAAGAGCUUACAGCACAUUCUGGGCACCCCCGAGACGUUGAGGCACCUCACCAUCGGCGAGAACGUCUUCAACAUCAACAGGACCCACCGUUGUGACCCAAGGCUUUCUCCAAACCCAGCUGCAGCCCUCGAGGCCAUCGCACCGGUCGCGCAUUCACUCGAGACCCUAACCCACCUGGACUCAAAAUGGCGGCUCAACCCAGACAAACACCUCGUUACCCGCAGACGCGUCCCGGGCUCAGGAUUGCGGCACUUCCAUUCCCUAAGAACCAUGGAGUGCGACACCGACUCCUUCCUCCACGAAGCCAUCGUCAUGCACCACGAUCUCUGCCCCCCGAACCUCGACACGCUAAUCGUGCGCCGCCACUUCUACGUAGCUGAGAAUUUCUUCGACUACCUCCCCGACGCGGGGAUCUACACGACGCUGCCAUCUCUCAACACCCUCGAGCUCAGGCAAUCAGCAGCCUCGUUGAAUAAGCUUUCAACAUCUGAGUACAUCUGUGAGCCCGACCGUCUGCGCAACCGCCACGCAUACGGCUACAAGCUGUCCAGGAGCGAUAUCAACUUCAAAGUCAGCAUUGAGCUGGGGCGGGGGUCGUCGCUGAUACCGCCAUACCUGCACGGCGAGCCGGCGCCAGAAGUCCGCUGCCUGUACGAUGCCUCCAAAAUUGGAUUCAGGCGGCGCGUCAACAACGAGCCAGUCGUGUACAAUGCUGCCGAGUGUGGCGAGAUGCAUGUUCUCACCCCGUUUCAUCCGUUCCGCAGAGAGAGCUUCAACAGCCGGCUUCGCAGACCCGUUCCCUACCCUUCCGAAUCUACAAGUGCACUCACCGCAGCCGCCGCCGACGACGACCUCCCCGAGACAGACCAACUCGACGACGCCGCCGUCCAGCAAAUCACCGGCGAAACGGGCCGCGUCCUCGACAGAAUGAAAGAGCGCUUCACGCGCGGGUGGCGUCUCGAGCGCUCGCUCUCGGACCCAGACCUGGACGAGCCGUGGUCCGAAGACGACGACUUCGAAGCCACGGACGAAGAGACGGACAGCGAUUUCGAAGCGAUGAUGGCAGACUUGCAGAACGAUGGGGACGAGGCGGCGUUUCUGCAGUUCAUUGAGCAUAUGCAGGAGCAGGGGAUUGCGAUUGAGAUGCAGAGUGGAGAUGAGGAGGAGGAUGGGGAUGAUGAUUUUGUGGAUGCGGAAGAGGAUGUGGACACGGAUUGGGAGGAUGCGGAGGAUGAUUUGGAGGAGCAUGAGGCGAAUCUGGACUGA